CAGUUAUAUAGGAACAUAUAUUCUUUGGUAUCCUGGAAAGUAAUUUCAUACAAAUGUGGUAAACCUUAUCCUUUAAUUGGCUUAACCGCAUAAAACCGCAUAAACAUCCCUUCUUUGAGUAAGAAAAGCGAAUGUGAUAUUGAUGCUUCUCUGCUGCACUUUUAAAAACUACAUUUCGUUAGCGCUCGUCAAUGAUGUACAAUCAAAUCAAAGAAGGCUCACUGUUCACUGUUCACAGAAGACGAGUGCGAAAUCCAACCUGCUCUUUAGUUUUAACAGUGAAAGAGUGUGAUAAGAUUUUUCCCCAUUUAGGUGGCUUUCCCAUAACACCAUCUCAUGGGCGAUGAUGAAUGAAACCCACUCACAUAAUCGACAUCAUCAAAGGAGAUUGAAGUUAUGAUAGAACCCCAUAGGAACUCAGCGCACACCCUCUGAGAUGAUAAACGACUAUAAGGAAAGAGAGACGUGUGCCCAUGCUCAUGCGUUUCCUGAACACACAAGGAGGAUCUGAUGGGACUGUGUGCAGGACAACGGAACUAAUCCAACAUCAAGGAAAUGGGCGUUUCUGCGGUUGACCCCACAAAAUCCUCCAAUUUACUGGAGCUGAAAAGGGAGGAGAGUAGCAGCAGACCUGAAUAAACACUGAAAGAGUCAAUAUAGAGUAUAUUUGCCUCUGCUGAAUUUGGAUCACAUUUGAAAUACACAGAUGAGAACGUUUCAGAUGUUGACAGGUGCUGUUUAUCACCAUGGCGUCCCUCCUGAUGUUUGUCACACUGCUUCAUCUCAUCACACUGGCGGUUCUCUUUAUCGCCACCAUGGAGAAGUCCUGGUGGGUUUGGGAUGGCACAGAAAGUUCAGACCUAUGGUACAACUGCCGAUUUGACAAUGAAACAGAGGCGUGGUCUUGUGCAACAUCAGAAGAGACGGAGUGGCUUCAAGCUGUCCAGGUUCUGAUGGUCCUGUCGGUGGUUUUCUCCUCCAUUUCAUUCCUGAUAUUCCUGGGACAACUCUUCACCAUGUCUAGAGGAGGACUCUUUUACCUCACCGGCGUCUGCCAGGCAUUUGCCGGCCUCAACGCCUUCACUGCCGUGCUCAUUUACACUCUGCACAAUAAAGAAAUCCUUCAGGACACUCAGGAGUUGAGCUCGGGACACUUCGGCUACUGCUUUUUCUUGGCGUGGGCUUGUGUACCUUUGCUCCUGUGCAGCGGAAUCAUGUACAUCCAUCUGCGCAAAAGGGAAUAGCAACGAGUCUCCUAAAAAACAAGACCAGCAAUGCGAAGAAUGUUUGCUGUUGACAUACUCCACUGAGUGAUUAUAUACUUCAUGAUAUCUCUAUGCAACAAAAAAGACAUUUAUUUUUUGCUUAUUUAGACCGUAAUUAGCCACACAUAAAUAUACAUGGCUGAAAUAUAGCUCCAACACAGCCCAUGCCGAAGAUCAGCACAACUUGGUUAACUCUUAAAGGGCAACCAUGACUAAUAUAUCUGAUUAGCUGAAUUAUAGCUAAUUUAAUAAUAAAAUGGGCCGUGUAACUUAAUCUCAUUUAAUACUGAAGGGAUACUUGUAUACAUUAAAGCAGUAUCCAUAUGUUAAAAAUGUUAAGAUGUAUUUUUAUAAAUAAAUUCAAUUAAGUCAUUAA